UUUACUACGAAUCAAGUGAGAAAAAAAAGAGCUAGACACAAAGGGGGACCGCCUCAUAAAAGAAAAGAGAGACAUCAAAUUGUGCCAUGGACCAACAUAAGGAGGAUAGAAGACUCUUAUUGUCCAAAGAAGAAGAGAGGAUUCGUGAUGAGCUUGAAAUGGAAAUCGAAAGAAAUUUGGAAGGAGAGUUCAAGGAUGGGAUCUACAAUCUCGCACUCAAGCUGCGCAGGCUGUAUGAACAAAGAAGGGAAAGAGAAGAGUCGCUGGAUGCUUCAAUGAGAAAGAGCAAGAGAGUACUGGAGGUGAACAUUAGCAUAAAGAUGGAAGGAGAUACCAAGAUUGAGAUCACUGAGAGGAAGAAGGAAGUAGACAAUGACAAGAUGAAAAAAGCAGAGAAUCUGGUUACUAGAAAGAAGUGUGAAGCUGGUGAAGAUAAAACAAGAAAGGAGAAGUUGAAGAAUCCAACAAGGGCUCAAGAACUCAGAUGGAAAUGGUAAAACAGAUUGAUUGGCCUGGAUUUACUUUCCUAUUUGCUGGUAUCUAUAUGUUUCCAAUAUUUAUCCUAAUUAAACAAGAGUGAAAUAAGGAUUGUGCAUGCAUAUCACAUUGUUCAUUGAGAUGGUAAGAGGAAAGCACACAAUCUCUUUUACUGCCAUAUAAAAUUUGAGUUGUUGCUACAAUAUCAUCAAACAAGAUAUUGAUU